UAUUUUACUAUGGCGGAUAAACGGGUGGAGUGCUCGAGUGGAUAGUGUACAUAAAAAUGAAAAACGUAAACAUUCUGUCUGUUUUGGUUUUAUUUACCAAAUUAUAUGUGAUAGAUGCUAAACGAGUUGAAGGAACUAUAGAUACUACAAGCCCUGAAUCAUUCGCGAAUUGGGUUUUUAUAACAAGAUUUUGUUUUUUAUCCAAAUACGGCACCUUAGAAUAUAAAUUUGUUUAUCCUGUGGAAUAUGCUACAGAGAAUGUAUUAUUGUAUUUUGAUGAAGCUACACAAUGGGCUGCUGUAUAUAAAACAAGCCUUAAUUGUUCGGCCAAAGUAGCUGUUUUAAAACCAGAAAAUAACCAAAUUAUAGCACUAGACCAAGGCAGUGGUAUAGCCUCCCAGUAUUCGAACUGUAAAAUAUUUACUAAAGAUGGCACUAACUUUUACAAUUGCACAGGCACAAGAACAUUUCGGUCAGCACGAGAAAGAUGGUGGUUUAUAGCCUUAGCAAGAUGCGAGGACAAGCAAGGCCAGCCACGAGGAUUAAAGUUAGACUAUUCAAUACAUAUGACCAAUGGUGGUGGACUUUUAACAUAUGAGUAUUCUGCUGAUGAAUUUUAUAUAUUACCAGUUGAUAUUGCCUUUCUACUUGCCUAUCUUAUUAUGUUAGCUCUAUCUAUUGUUUGUGCAUCAUUUUUACAGAAAAGACAGUUGUUUCAUACAACAUAUAAGAUGUAUUUAGUGUCUGUUAGUCUGUGGACUUUCCACCUAUUUCUACUAUGUAUAGGAUAUGGUAUGUAUGGUGAUACAGGAUAUCAACAAACAAAAACCAUAUUAACAGCACGUAUAUUUGGAUCAGCGAGUAUAUUAGUAUUUCUAUUAAUGUUGAUAUUGAUGGCUAAAGGCUAUACUAUCACCCGAGGUCGACUGAGUUCCCAAGGAACAAUAAAAUUAACAGUAUUUACAUGUAUCUACAUCGUUGUUUACUCUGUCAUGUUUAUAUGGGAAGCUGAGUUAUUUGAUCCAGGUAAAGUAUUGUAUGUAUACGACAGUCCACCAGGGUAUGGUUUAAUUGCUAUGAGAAUUGUUGGUUGGAUAUGGUUCCUCUACGCUAUCUUCUUCACCUUAAAACAUUUCCCAAAUAGAGGAAUGUUUUAUUAUCCAUUUUUUGGAUUUUUUACUGUAUGGUUUUGGGCAGGACCGAUUGUUAUCUUGAUAUCUCAACAUUCAAUGGCCUUGUGGACCCGAGAAAAAACUGUCAAUGGAGUAGAACUAUUGGUAGCUUUAGUGGGACAUGCUUUCUUUUUGAUUAUAACACGUCCCAAUGCAGCCAACAAGAAUUUUCCAUAUCAUAUACGCACUACACAGAUCGGUGCAAUGCAAGGUACAGCUUCUAGUAUGGAUUGUACACAACAAAAUGGUAUGGAACCAAAUGACAACCUACCAUAUUCUGUUACUUCUAACAAUAUGUAUACUGGUGGUACAGGUCCCGAUUUAACAGGUCUCUUUACAACCUCCAAUACUUACACUGAAAGACCAGACUGUAAGCAACCCCCGCCUUUCAUAAAUAAUGGUUUCCAGCUGAAUGAGAAUCCAGAAGGAAGACCUACAGUAUUACAAGGUAGAUUACCUCCCAUUAUAGCCUCGGCUCCACCACAAUAUGAAGCUUUAUUUCAAGUUGGAGGAAAACCGCUCAACAAGGAAGGGUAAUUCCUUUUCUUGAAUUCUGUUUUAUUUAUUAAAUUUGUAGUCACUUCAGGAAGUAAAUAUUCACAUCAAUGUACAUGUAUAACACUGGUAUUAUACAAAUUGAAUACAAAAGAAGGAUGAUAUUAGUUUUCAAUUUAAUCAAUACAAAAAGUACAUUUAGCCUGGGAUUAUAAACAUAAGUAUCUAUUUUGGAAUUUUGAAAACCAGAACUGUAAAAAGUUAUCUUGGAGGUUGUACCCUUGCACUAGAUAUCUUGGUUGCAUGGCUUAUAGGGAAGAUUUAGAUUUGUUCAAACAUAAUUGGAGCCCAUUGAAGGAGGAACAGAACCAAGUGAAGAUAUUUUUAAGUUUUUAAUUCUUCCCAUUAGAAGAAUUUCAAUUUCAAUCUAACAUGGUUGGCAUGUUGCAUGUGUGAUUCUAGUUUUUUGAGACAGGGACAUAUCCAACUCACCCAAAGGACAAAUUUAAACAUUAAUUUCUAAUUUAUUACUUUAAUGUCUGUAUAAUUAUUAUAGAAAGAUUUCAGCUUAUUGGUUUAUUGUCCCGGAUAAAUGUAUUGACCACAAUCUACACUUGAUCCUCUCUGUAGAACAUGGCAGAGGAUCUAUAGAUCUAUAAUAUAAAUAUGUUUCUCAAUGGAAUUUAUGUAAUUUAGAAAGGAAACAUGACCGUAGGCUAAAUUAACAUGUUAUCUUUUGUUAAUUUGUUUUUAAUCACUCCAUUACUAAAUCAUAGUAACUGAGCAAAGAUGAUGAUGUAGACCAACUGGUUGCUGCUAGUUUCUCACAAAUUAGUGGUACCUAGUCACGAACUUGGUCUACACAAAACUGAAUAUUAUAGAUUGUGCCAGUAAUGUACCCUUGAUAAGAAUUAAAAUAAAACCUUAAACUAUUACUUUUAUUUUAACAUUUUUAUUAAAAGAAACCCCAAAAAACAGUGAUCACUUUUAUGGUAUUAUUAUAUACAGUUUCCAAUAAUGUAGUUUGGGAUAAACUUGCCAUUUAAAAACUUGUUCCAUAAUAUUUUCAGUUUUAGGUAGAGUGUUGCAAAAAUUAUUUAAUUUUGUUUUAUUAAAAAUUUUGAGUGUCAAUAUUUAUUUGUUAGUACUCCAGAUUCUUAUAAACAAAACUGUGAUAUAUAGCUUUUAUUAUUAAUAGUUAUUCAUGAUUUAUUGUAAUCAGGGUUGAUUUUUAACAUUAUUUAUAUAUUUGUAAAUAUUGAAUGAAGAAAUUAAAUGUUAAAAUAUGAUUAUAUAUGUAAUUCUUUUUAAGAUAAUUGAUUUAUUUUAUUCACAUACUAUUUUAUCCACAUACUUUUGUCUUUUAAAAUCAGGGUAAAAUCACAAAAAUAUAAGUCAAUUGGUAUUUCUAACUAGUUGGAAAAUUAUGGCUGUUUAUAAAACAUUGUGUAUAUUUUAGUCAUUAUCUUGAACAUAGAUUUGAUUACAAUCCCCUCUUGAAGAAUGAACAGUUGUUUUCAACAGGUACAACAAUAUUUAAUUUUAAAUUAAAUUUAUGGCAGGACAUGACAAUUGAAAUAAAGUCAUAUCAGGGCUUUUGUUUCAGUUAUGUUUGCCUUAGGAAUUUUUAAAUGUGAAUUAUUUUAUUUUAAACAUCAUUUGAGUUCAAAUUUUUGGCCAGUCGAAGGUAAGCAAAUAGGUGAAAAAUUGACAAGACUUUGUAUGAGAGCCCUGAUCAAAAAUGUAUAAUUUGUUUUAAAAACCACCAUAGACCCCAAUGAUAUUUAUGAUACAUUAAAAACUUUCAAAUAGUGCUGUACCAAGUUAUAUAUUUUGGAGAUAUGUACUGGUUUUCUUUCAUCUUAACACAUGGAUAUAUUGUAGCAUUGUCAUACACAAACUUGCUACUGGGCACUAACCAAUUGCUUCAUCUUGUUAUAUAUCUUUAAUUGGAAUUUAAAACCAGCCAAUAACAACACUUAUUUAGCUGGUCCUGUUGAAUCAAAGUAUCAGGAAUCUAUUUGAUGACACCAUAAGAAUUUUCUUUGAAUGGUGCAUUUGAUGUUUCGAUUAUAUACUCUUCUUUUACUUUAUUAAUGACAUACUUGUUAUUGUGCAUGUAAUUCAAAAAUGCCAAGAGGUGGGGAUAUUGGUUGUAGUGUAGUAGCCAAUGGGAGAAUAUUGUAAUUACAAUGACCAAAUCUGAAGUUUAUCAUAAUGUAAUUUUGUUGUAUCUAAUUCAUUAGCAUAAUGUAUAAAACUCAUGUUCAAGCAUCAUAUGUUUUUAUGUAGAUUAAGUAUAAUCCGUCCACUAUAUAUAUUGUUCUUAUAGUUUGGUGCAGUGUGCUUUUUAAAAUAUAAUUAUUUGUUAUUGUACCACCCAGGCAAUUGUGAUAAUAAAUAUUUUGUCAUAAAAAAAAAA